ACGAUGACACCUUCAAACUUUGCUUUGUACCUCACAUUUCUUUUCAUGGUGAAUGUGGCUCGUACGAUGACUUCAGAACCUUCAUCUACAAACUUUACAUCAGUUCAUGUUGGGGACAAUGUCACUCUGCCAUGCGUCUGCAGAGAUGAUGCAGUGGUGAUGUUUUACUGGUACAAGCAAACCGUGGGACAGACUCCAAAGCUGAUGUCUAAGUUCUACCAGCAUGACGACAAGGUCACGUUUUAUGAUGAAUUUAAGGAAACGCGUUUCUCCAUGGAUACUAAAAACCGGAAUUAUCACCUGAAGAUUUUAAACUUUCAAAUUUCAGAUGCAGCAACUUACGUCUGCGUAGGGAACACGUUAUAUGUCUUUGAAUUUUGUGAGAGCAUUACUGUCAGCGUGAAGGAGUCAGAAUCAAAUAUCCAAACCACGAUCCACGAGUCAGCGUCUGAGACCAUCCAGCCUGAAGACCACUGGACUCUGAACUGUACAGUCACCACGGGGAGCUGUGACGGAGAACACAGUGUUUACUGGUUCAGAAGCUCUGAAGAGUCUCACCCAGCUCUCAUUUACACCCAGGGAGGGAAGAAGAAUCAGUGUGUGAGGGAAGCAAACUCACAAACAAAUACCUGUGUCUACAACUUGCCCAUGAAGAGCGGGAAUCUUUCUCAUGCUGGGAUCUACUACUGUGCUGUAGCUUCAUGUGGACACAUACUGUUUGGAAACAGGACGGAGGUUGGAGGUGACAGUCCUGCUGACGUAGCUGUGUACAUCUUGGGCACAGCUUUGGCAUUCACCACCAUCCUGGUCAUUAUUUUGGCUUUUCUGGUGUACAGACUGAAAAACAGACACUCCCAAUGUGCAGCUUCAGAAUCCAGUCCUAGCACGACACUAUGUCAAGAUGCAGACAACCUGCAUUAUGCUGGUUUAAGUGUUCACCGGGCCAACACAUCAAGAAGGCAAAAUGAAGACACCAUGCAAGGAUGUGUGUACUCCAGUUUAAGGCAGUGAAGCUGGACUGCUGUCUUUCUGUGUAAUAAGACUUUUUUUAUUGCAGUUAUAUGGCGAUUUAAUUAAAUUUGAACUUGAACAAUGUCUCAACUAAAUAUUCUGUGCAGUUUCAGUCUUAUCAGCAUGUAAAACAUUUAAUCCUUUGUUUAGCAACACCUCUGCAAGUAUAUACAUAUAACCUUAAUCAGGUCAGUCAUCAACGAACAUCCUCUGUGGGCUUCUUGUUGUUCACACUCCACAAACAACAUGUAGGAGGCUUCUGUUAACCUCAUUGCAUCUGACAGUAAAAAGAUACCAGACCCCA